AUGGGCCCGGGGUGCGGAAGACCUGGGGGGCCUCCCGUGCUGCUGUUGCUGCUGCUUCCUGCAUGUCCCCUUUACAGCGCCCUGAUGUUUCCAGGAAAUGUCCCCGGAGAGCCAGUUACUCCCCACUGGGUCCUGGAUGGAGGACUCUGGCUCAAGGUCACUCUGGAGGAGCCGGUCUUGAAGCCCGAUGUGGUGCUGGUGGCUUUAGAGGCUGAAGGCCAGGAUCUCCUGCUUGAAUUGGAGAAGAACCACAGGCUCCUGGCCCCAGGAUACACAGAAACCCACUACAGCCCUGAUGGGCAGCCUGUGGUGCUGUUCCCCAACCACACGGAUCAUUGCCACUAUCAUGGGCGUGUGAGGGGCUUCCUGGAGUCCUGGGUAGUCCUCAACACCUGCUCUGGGAUAAGUGGCCUGAUUGUACUCAGCAGCAAUAUCAGCUACUAUCUGCACCCCUGGGCUUCCGGGGACAAGAACUUCUCAAGCCACAAGAUCUUCCGGAUGGAGCAGUUGUUCACAUGGAGAGGGGCCUGGAUAGAGAGCUCCAAAUACAAAGCAGGAAUGGCCAGUCUUUCUCAAGUCCCCCAGAGCAGGGUGAGGCGAGAGGUCCGCGGGAGCCCCAGGUACCUGGAACUGUACAUAGUGGCUGACCACACCCUGUUCUUAGUCCGGCACCAGAACUUGAACCGCACAAGACAGCGCCUCCUGGAAGUUGCCAAUUGUGUGGACCAGAUUCUCAGGUCUCUGGAUAUUCAAGUGGUAUUGACUGGCCUGGAAGUAUGGACGGAACAGGAUCACAGCCGCAUCACGCAGGACGCAAACGCAACCCUCUGGGCUUUCCUGCACUGGCGUCGUGGGCUCUGGGCUAGGCGGCCACACGACUCGACGCAGCUGCUCACGGGCCGCACCUUCCAGGGCACCACGGUGGGCCUGGCGCCUGUGGAGGGCAUGUGCAGCGCGGAGAGCUCGGGAGGGGUGAGCAUGGACCACUCGGAACUCCCCAUCGGCACAGCAGCCACCAUGGCCCACGAGAUAGGUCACAGCCUGGGCCUCCACCAUGACCCCGACGGCUGCUGCGUGGAGGCAGACGCGGAGCAGGGAGGCUGCGUCAUGGAGGCAGCCACAGGGCACCCGUUCCCGCGCAUCUUCAGCGCCUGCAGCCGCCGCCAGCUGCGCACCUUCUUCCGCAAAGGGGGCGGUGCGUGCCUCUCUGAUAACCCGGGCCCGGGGCUCCUGGUGCUGCCCACCCGCUGUGGAAACGGCUUCGUGGAAGCAGGAGAAGAGUGUGACUGCGGUUCUGACCAGAGGUGCCCAGACCCCUGCUGCUUUGCCCACAACUGCUCCCUGCGUGCAGGGGCGCAAUGCGCCCACGGUGAUUGCUGUGCACAGUGCCUGCUAAAGCCCGCAGGCACGCCUUGUCGUCCCGCUGUGAGUGACUGCGACCUUCCUGAGUUCUGCACUGGCGCCUCCCCGCAUUGUCCCACAGACAUUUACCUACUGGAUGGCUCACCCUGCGCCAAAGGCCGCGGCUAUUGCGUAGAUGGCUGGUGUCCUACGCUGGAGCAGCAAUGCCAGCAACUCUGGGGGCCUGGAUCCCAGCCUGCUCCGGAGCCCUGUUUCCAGGAGAUGAACUCCAUGGGGAAUUCGCAGGGGAACUGUGGCCAGGAUAGCAAGGGUAGCUUCUUUCCUUGUGCACAGAGGGACGCUCAGUGUGGGAAGCUGCUGUGCCAGGGUGGGGAGCAAAACCCAUUUGUGCUGGGGCGUGUAGUGACUAUGGAUUCCACAAUUCUCCGAGAGGGUCACGAGGUGGCUUGCCAUGGAGUGCUUGUGCUCCCUGAUACUCAGCUGGACCAGCCAGGCUUGGGCCUGGUGGAGCCAGGCACCCGCUGUGGACCUAAAAUGGUGUGCCAGCAUGGGCAGUGCCAGAAUGCUACCUUCCGGGAGCUGGAGCGUUGCUUGUCUGCCUGCAAUAACCAUGGGGUUUGCAAUAGCAAUCAUAACUGCCACUGUGCUGUAGGCUGGGAUCCACCCUUCUGUGACAAGCCAGGCUUCGGUGGUAGCAUGGAUAGUGGCCCCGCACAGCCCGCAAACCGAGAUGCCUUCCCAGUGGCCAUGCUCCUCAGCUUCCUGCUGCCUCUGCUCCCUGGGGCUGGCCUAGCCUGGUGCUACUACCAGCUACCAACACUCUGUCGGCGCCCCCGGUGGUGCUGCAGGAGGGACCCCGUAUGCAAUAGGGGCCACCCUCUGGGCGAUGUUCACCCCAUGGAGUUUGACUCCAUCGUCACUGGAGAGCCCUCACCCCUGGGUGAGUGGACCUCUUGCCAACAGUGUUUGCACCCUUCAUCUCUUGCAUUGUUUUCAGAUCCCGAGAACUCUGCACCUACCUAAGAACUACCCUAAGAAGCUUGUGCCACACACACCUGCCUGAUCCCCAAGGAACCUGGGCCCCAAGGGCAUCUUCAGCAAGUCGGCCGAACUCUUGUACUUCUGAUGGGCCAGAUGCUAAGCUCUUCCCAACCAACUCACCCCAGAGCCAUAUCAAGUCACAAGAGCUGUGCUAUUCUGAAGUGUCAGAAUGUA